UGUAUAUUUGGUUUCCAGGAUCAGUGGUUUUGGCGAGUCAGGAACAACAGGGUUAUGGAUGGAUACCCCAUGCAGAUUACCUACUUCUGGAGAGGACUGCCUCCCAGCAUUGAUGCAGUUUAUGAAAACAGUGAGGGGAAUUUUGUCUUCUUUAAAGGUAACAAGUUCUGGGUUUUCAAGGACACUACUCUCCAGCCAGGUUAUCCACAUGAUUUGAUAACACUUGGAAGUGGAAUUCCUUCUCAUGGCAUUGAUUCAGCAAUUUGGUGGGAAGAUGUUGGGAAAACCUACUUCUUCAAAGGAGAUAGGUACUGGAGGUACAGUGAAGAAAUGAGAUCCAUGGACCCUGGUUAUCCCAAACCAAUCACAAUUUGGAAAGGUAUCCCAGAAUCUCCUCAGGGAGCCUUUGUCCACAAAGAAAAUGGCUUCACAUAUUUCUACAAAGGAAAAGAGUACUGGAAAUUCAAUAACCAGAUGCUCAAGGUGGAACCUGGCUAUCCCAGGUCCAUCCUCAAGGAUUUUAUGGGUUGUGAUGGACCAACAGAUCGAGAUAAAGACCGACAUAGCCCUCAAGAUGACGUUGACAUUGUCAUUAAACUGGACAACACAGCCAGCACUGUGAAAGCCAUAGCCAUUGUCAUUCCCUGCAUCCUGGCCUUGUGCCUCCUUGUCUUGGUUUACACUGUGUUCCAGUUCAAAAGGAAAGGAACACCCCGCCACAUACUGUACUGCAAACGCUCUAUGCAAGAGUGGGUGUGAUGUAGGGUUUUGGUUUUUUUCUUUCCCUCCCAGGAGUUUGUGGUAACUUGAGAUUCAACACAAGAGCUGUUAAUGCAGUUUCCUAGCUAGGAGCGGGCAUCUGUCAGUCUGAAACAAAGCUGAUCUUUAAAACCCAGGGGGUUGCCUGUCCUGCGCAUGAGUGGCGAUUCACUCAGCUGGGAAGCUUCCAUGCUACACAGUAUCUGCUGUUUCUUCAGUCCUUUGUCUUUCUUUGUCAUUCGAUUCUAGGCCUUUCCUCUGCACGCUCAAUGCCCUAUAAACUAUCAGGAUUAACUACCGAAGAGGAAACAAAUAUAUCUCCAACGUUUCUACAUUUAUCCCUUAAGGCCUGUUCCCCUUUGAAAAGUUUUUUGCUGAAAGUAAAUUUUUUUAGUAAAACACAACCAACAGUGGAACUUUCAGGAAAGUGAGAAGACCUAAAACAGCUUCGUCUCCAAAGAAGAUUGCUUUCUGUCUGCUACGGAUAAAGUCCUAUACUCCUACUUCCAGUUUUGUCAGGUGGGAGACUCGGAUGACACGCAGGACUUCAGACUGUUCGGACAGCCAUUUUCCAACAAACAAGGGGCCAAAAUAUCUGCAAUAUAGUAACAGCCUUAAUAAUACAUUCAUUUUGUGUUUUUUACAGCUGCUCUGGGCUACGUCCUCAAUGUUUUAAACUCAUUUAUAUUCAAUACUAUAUUCAAGCAGAACCUUUUUAUUGGUUUGUUUAAUUUUUGGUUGGUUUUCCUACAUAAUCUUUCCCAAGCUGUACCAAGCCAACUGCCCCAGGCCUUUCAUAGGUCUGUCAGGAGCACUCAUUCCAAAGCAUGGUAAAAAGCAGUGUGUCUCUGAAAUGGAUUUCGAUGAACUAAAGCAACAGACAUGCUUUUGAGAAACUUAACAUUGGUAUUACAUUGGUGGUGUAACCCUUUGAGAACUAUUGCAUUUGUUUUCAGAGUCUGGUGGAUGUUAAUCUUGGUUGUCAUUAAAUUAUAGGAUUGUGUAUGGGUAAGACAGGUUUUAAAAGAAAACCAGUUUUUCAAAACAGAUUUCCUGUGACUGCGAGUGUUUUUAAUUAUUUGCAUUAUUGAAAGAAAAGCAUUUGUAACAUAAAGAGAAAGCAAAAUAUGUUUACCAGCUACUUUCUGGUUUAGGGAACCAAGCCUAUUUUAAUAAUUUCUACCACUUACCUAGAAUUUUUCUGAACUGGCAACAAUUUUAUAGCUUAGCCUCUUAUCUUAAGCAUCUUGAAUUUCUCUUUUGAAACUAUGUUGCAUGAUGAUUCCAUUUGCCUCUGCAGAGGUAGAGUUCCAGUUUCAAAGGAAAGCUAAGAUGAUGACUCUGGUAUUGCAUGAGUAUCCUCUGGUGUGUUACCCCUUUGCAUGUUCAUCAUAGUUCUCAAAGGGUUAGUCAAAUUUCUGGCCUUCAGUUGAACACGGUAUCACUGAUGGAGCCAAGGGACCACCAAAACAUUUUGUCAUUCUGUGUAAUUUGUGCUAACGGCAGUAUUGUCAUUUUCAUGUGACCUGCAGAGCAGGUUUGUAUCAAUAUUUUUUUCCUAGAGAAAAGUCAGCAACUGACAGACCUCUUUAUUGAUUUUAGGAGCUGCUUCUUGCAGUGAUAGGCUUUACAGUCACUGGGCUGUGAACUUAUUAAAGAUGGUCAGAAUGAUGCACCCCAAAAGUCAGACACCUGGUUUUUUAUGAAAGCCAGGAUUUGAGGGGAGUAGCUUUUUGCAACAAUGAACAGCUUGCCUUGAACUUGAUUAUUGACCUGUUGACUGUCAUUACCAAGUUAAACAUUGUCUUCUGUGAACAGCUUCACUGUCUGAAUUUCCUUAAAGUGUACUGUCCUAUGUCUUUGAUCUUUGACCUUUAACUUGCAAACUGGCACAAACUGAAGGGAAUCUGGUGUUGCAAAUGACAAGCUUUAUUUCUUAAAAGGCCUGACACAAGAAAUUUGAGGAAAAAAAUUGAUGUGUUUUAGUAAGAAAGAACUGACAAAUGAAAAUAUUUAUGAUAGGUCUGUAGAAAGGUGUUUUGCUAUGUAUACAUGCACACUCUAAAAAUGAACAGCAGUAGAAGUUAAUUUUUAUUUAACUUUAAUACAAUUUUCAGUAUUAUUUCAACAAAUAGCUAAUUAUUAAGGAGAAGGUUGCAGGAAAGUAUUAAAAUACUUGAAAUGGCCAGUAUAGGCUUUUGCAUAAAAUGAGACUUUUAUUCUAUGUUCAACCAAUUUCUUACUGGUUUCUUAAUCCACAUAACUGGAUCACUUUUUAGAGAGUGUAGGUAUAUAUACAUAUAUAAUAUGAUUAUUAUUGUUUUGGUAAUGGAUAGCUUGACUGCCUUGAAUUUAUAUUGAGCAUAGCAUGAAAAAUAGUAUGCCUUUUUUCCAAUUACAUGAUUUUAUAUUGAUUUGAGGACUUAUGAACAUACAUGGUGUGCUAUAAAGCAUUGCAAACUUAUUUCUUAGAGCAUAAACAGAUAUACAUAAGUGCGGUUAUCAAAAAUGAAGAUUAGGAAAAGGAUAUAGUUUCACAGCAAAUAUGCAAUGCAAAUGGCAUUUUGGAGAUGUUUUAUAGAGGUACUGUAGGUUAGAAGCGCACCAGUAUCAGCCCAUGGCAUAAUUCAGUAAAUCCAAUUCAGUUGUUGCUGAAAAUAUAGAUUUGUUGACAGUUUAGUAACAAGGUAUUUACCGCAGAUCAGCUCAUUUGGUGAAUUUGGCAUUCUGUUCCUGUUUGUUAUAUAUAUUGUGUGUGUUUGCAUACUUCUAAAAGCACACAAACGCACACAUAAACAUACAUGCACAUUUUUAAACACGGAGAAAUUUUUAUGGUCAACAAACUACUAUAACUUAUGUUCUUCUACAGACAAAACAAAAUGUUUGAUGUUGCUGUUCCAAUUUUGUCCCUUGGAUAGUUGGCGGAAAAUAUUAACAGAACUACUUAUUCUGCAUUUGUUUUUUCUCUGCCAUAGGAGAACUUAUUUAAUAUUAUUUUGAAGUCAGAACCACAUCUCAUCUGUUUGUUUCACUUGAAAAUUUCGCUUCAAUUUUGAAAUACCUUUCAUGGCAGCUUUAACUUUUUGUGCAACUGUUUCCCUGACAGUAAUGAAGUGCUAAGCAUGUUGACUGUUGUUCUUUCAUAAGGUAAUGAAAAUGUUUGUAUUUGCAGAAUUUAAUUAUGCAGGAAGGUAAGUGUGAUAAGUCUAGUGCUUGGUAUAUGGUACAUCAUAGAUACAUGAAUACACAAUAAGUUGGUUGUUUAAUCUAUUUUCAUUUAUGUAAAAGUGCAUAUAUGCUAUAUACAGAGAGAGGGAAAAAACUAAUAUUAUAUUGGCAUGUUUAUGUCAUGCAGAGCAAGAUUGUGUCAACAUUUCUGUUACAUACUCAUAUUUUCAGUAGGUUGUAACACAGUCAUAAAGGUUUGCUUUAAGUAAAAGAUGUAGGAGCAAUUGUGUUCACUGUAAUUUCCAAAUACAUACUGGCUAGCUUCAAAUUAUAAAAGUUCAGAGUAAAUUAGUGAUGUUGCCUGAUCUAAUUUUGAACUCAAAUGAGUAAAAGUUCUAAGACAAUGUUUCUUUUUUUUUUUUAAUACUUAUUUCUCUACCAGGGCCUAUAACUACCAGAAAAAGUGAAUUGAAAAUAUUUUCCCUUCUGCAAUCUGGAUUCCUGCUCACGUGCCGUAACUUUUAAAAUAAACAUUUCCAUAUUGCUA